AUGGACGCUGGCGCAUUCGUGACCGACGCCUUCCUCCAAUCUGUCUUGCAAGCUGCCGCCGACGCUCGCCAACAAUGUCUGCACAUGCUCGACUUUAUCGACCAGAACCGCGCCGCCCAGCCUGACCCAGAUGCCGAAAUGCAGCUCAGUCGCCAGCAGAAGCUCCUUCACUCCAACCUGGCCAAGUUGCGCGGUCUCAACCGCCGCGCUCUUCUCGAAACCCGCAACACCAAACAGCAAACUCAGGAAGCAAAGUCCGAAAUCGACUCGCUGCACCUCCACCUGCAGAACCUGUACUACGAACAGCGCCAUCUCAUCGGUGAUAUUGCCGCCUGCCAGGGCUACAAUCACAAGUACCAGUCUCUACCUCUAGUCCCCGUCGAUGAGAUCCUCGCUGCCAACCCUGAGCUCGCCGAAGCAGACGAACACGACCUUAUGGUCGCUCGCAUCAACCACGAACACGCCGAACGUCAAACCCUUGAAGAGCAACGCCAGGGACUACUCAAGAAGAAGCAAAGCCUGAUCAACGACAACAACAAGAAGAAGGACGAACUGGCCGCUCUGGACAAGGAGAUUGAAAAGUUCCUCGACUCUGCUGCUCCACUCCAACAAAAAUUCGACCAGCACGAUCAGCAUAACCAAAAGGCUACAGCUUCGGCUUGA